AUGACCUGGUGCUUGGCAGAAGCUGUGAAAGCCAUCGACCAGGAGGCUGUGGCAGCUUCAGAAGCCAUUUCUCUCUACCGAGAUGAGAGGAAGGGCCGAAUCUUGAUACGCUUUCGGGCAGUUGGCAAAGACCUGCAAACUGUCGCUGGCUGUCUCGGCCAGGAGCGUGAUGGCGGCACCGGCAGCCGAAACUUGACUGUGGCGACAUACCGCAUCAUGCAGCGCUUUUGCACGCGCUUUAUCCAGCCACCAGAGCACAGCAAGCAGCCUGCGGUGCUGAAGCGGCAUCUCCUAAGCCACCUGCGCUCCGCAGUCACGUCUUUGUCAGUGGAUGCUGCUCAGGACGAAGUCGUCUCGGCGGAGCUGAUGAGGGCGAAGGCCUUGAAUGCAACCAUCCAGAAAUUAACCCCGAAUCUCCGCUUCAUCGUCCGUGACAAAGCUCAUUCAUCACGGCGAAUAACACAAAGGCCAUGGAGCGCUGAUUCGGCGCUGCGCGACGUACUCUUACAUCUGUGCACUGGGAAAGGCUCUAUUGCAAAAAUGAUCCACCACAGCGAUGAAAUCCGACGAAUAUUUGCAAAUUUCGCAAAAACCUCCAGCUCCAAUGCUAUUACGGCAGCGACGAACAUGAGCGCAGCAGGUCACAGGUUCGAGUCCCAUGCCAAACCGCUUGGUCGCAGUUGCAUCUAUAUACAUGCAACCAUCCUCACAGCUCUGCGGGUAUGGAGGACGCGAACUGAUGAAUCAAGCAGUCGAGCCAAACGCUUUCUGAGUUGGGUGUCAGAUGAAAAAAUGCUGCAAGCAGCGAUGCUUGCAGACGCUGCUGAUUCUUCGUUGCAUUUCACCCGUUUAAUGGAUCGUGAAGACUUGGAUCCAGCGAUCCUCAGCACGGAGUGCCACAUGUACCUCGCAUCCAUGAAGGCACUGUUCUGCGAGGGACAGAUUUUCGACCGGUUUGGUUUUACCUCCACCAUGAUGAAGACCCUGGCGCAGCCCAUGGUCUUCCAAGUGGGAGCAGAAACCCGGUGCCUGGGAGACGCUGCUGGUGUAGCUGCAGAUGUUAAGACCAUUUGCUUGCAACGCAUGCAGUCAUGGGUUCGGCUGGCGGAAGCGGCUUUGCAGGCUGAGUUUCCAGAGUUCGAGCUGGCACAGGCCUUCCAAAUGUUCGACCUCGCGGGCUCUGCGCGACAAGACAGCGCCAAUGUCGAGCGAGUUGCUCAAGCUUUGGGCUUGAAUCGCGGGGCUUUGCAGGUUGAGUUGCAGGAUGUCUUUCCGCGCGCCCAGCGGCUGCGAUCGGCCGGCGGCAACUCCUCAGACACCAGCGGCGGAGGUGCGCAUGACAAUAAUAAUAAAGCAGCGUGGCAGGAGGCGCUUGCACGGCUGGCGGAGCACCGCGGAACCCGAAAAGUGCAUCCGACUGAGACAUUGCGACAAGCCUUGGUGCAGUACUUCGCCUUCGGCUGCAGCACGUCUGGUGUGGAGCAGUCCUUCAGCACAGCUGCGUGGUCUGUGCACUCCCGAAGACGAAAAGCUCUGGCAGGGACAGAGGAGUACUUGGUCAAGCUGGCUUUGGACUUGGGAAACCGAAACCGGGAGCGUGUGAUUCGCAUCGCGCGAGCAUCUUGGGCCGCUUGUUUUGGUCAACCACGCACCUGCCACCGCAGGGAACGGGUAGACAAGGGCCUACGAAAAAAAAAAGCAGAAGGCUCUGAAAUCCUGAGUGAAUCCGCAUUCCUUCGCAAGCGUAGACAUGAAACAAUUUUGGCCGGCCGUAGCCUGGAUGAGGGCAGCAGCGCCUAUCAGCAGGCCGAUGGCUCCCACACUUGGACUGAGAGCCAUCAAAAGGAGUUGGAUUUCCAGCUCCGCAAACGGAAGGCUCGUAAGAUCCAAGGCUUUGCUGAGAACUCCUUGCUGCAAGCCGAAAUGACCGGUGAAGAGACCCAGGAGGCCCUGGCUGCUGCUGCCCAGAAGUGUCGCCAAGACAUGCUGGACAAUGAUGAGCAACGAGCCCGAAAACAGAGGAACUGGACGCGGCUAGAAAAAGGGCUCGCUCCGGCCCAGAUGCUGCGGGACUUUCAGGGACAGAAAUGCUUUAUGGCUGCUUCGGCCAAUACUAUGGCGCUGCAAGCAGCCAUGCAGUCAAACGGACUCGUUCAAGUCCAAAGACUGUCCAUGGCGGGGGUCAUAGUGACUGAUCGGCCUGGUAGAAUGGAAAACAGCUCUCAUGCACUGGUGUCGGCGCUUCGUGGCUUCUACGAGGUGAGCCCUACAUUCUUCACGGAGCCUGGCCAGGGAGCUGCCAUCAAGCUUCGGCCUGCUGCUUACACCAAGAGGGCUGUCUUCGUGUCCAGUGCCUGCGCCAGCGCCAACAACCAGUUUUGGACAUUCCUGCGACAGGCCCUUCCCGAAGGACACAAAUGGCGGCUGCACAAAACGGAUGUGGGUUCGUUGAAGAUCGCCACGGCUACCUACAAUGCCGGCGUUGCCUUUUCCGUGGUUCUUCCCGCGGAGCACACUUUGCCAGUAACUUGUCUGCAUUUAACUUCACAAUUUGUAGUCUUUUAUUUAUGA